CGUCCUCUCGAUUGUCAUUUGACCUCGCUUGCGUUCCGACCCUUUCGAAUCACGCUUCAAGCCCAUGUCUACCGAUCAGUAAACGCAAGAUGGCUCAAAAUCGGGACCCAGCGUUCUGGCGACGCUUCUCCCUUGCCAUCCACCUGGAUGAGGAAUCCAAGGCUUCCACCCCGGAAAAGGAAGUCACUAUAUGGUCGGAUAACUGGAUCAAGGGCCAGGAAAGGAAACGCAAACGAACCAUCCUCUGCGGCUUUCUGAUAUUCUUCCUCAUUGCGCUGUUCGUUGUUGGCGUUAUCGUGGUGGUUGUCUGGCUCAAUGCUCAUCACUGGCUACGGGAGACACCGAGAUCAGCUUGAUGUAGCGGCAG